GUUUCUGCUCUGCUCUUCUUCUUCGUGCAGCCCGACCAGCCCCCCCAAAGCCACCGAUUCCCUCUUCUUGUGAGAACCGAUGAAAGGCUUGAAAUUUCCCUUUCCUUCUUGCUCAAAAACCAAGUUUCAGGCCUAGAACACUCUCCUAGACCCAGAAAUUUUCCAGAUCUGCGCUGUCUUCUUCCCCUCUGUCCGCCGGCCUCUGCUGUGUGGGGUUGGGUUCGGUUUUCUGCAUCGUGAGUCUCCCCUGCAGAUUUGCCGCUGCCCUCUUUCCCCCGCCAGAUCCAGUUCUGCAGCUGGAAAAUUUUGGGUAAGUUGACAGCUCCUCCAAGUCCAAAUUAUCCAUGUAAUUGCUGCCUUGUGUUGAUUGGAUUUUCUGCUUUUGAAUUUCCCUUUUGCUGUCCGAAAAUGGAAGAAAUUUAGGUGAAAUUGUGCUGGAAGGUGGAAUGAAUUUGGUAGCCUUUUUGACAUGUUUUUAGCUUAAUUUAUGUAGGAUUAGUUGAUUUGGGCUGUUGCGAUUCUUGGAGAAAAAUCCCGUGAUUUGCUAUUAUUUUGCUAAAUAGGAUUAAAUGAAAUAAAAUCCUAUUCCCCUAUUUUGUUCUGUUUGUGAUCGUUCUGUCAAUUUAGCACUAAGAUAGAGCCUUUGGUUUUAAGCAAGUGAGGUAAGUAAAUUUAUGGUAAUGCCCAUACAGUUUUUAAAAGCAUGUUUUGACUUGUUUUUUAAGUGGUGGCGGGACUAAACCCGUUUCAUACAAAAUAAGUAUGAUGGAUUUAAAAUGCAAAUUCUUACUCUUUUAUUAAUUUUAGCAUGCCUGCUUGGAAUUUAUUUAACUGCCCUGAUGAUCUGAAAGUUUUCUAUAAAGAAUGAUUUUCUGUUAAAUUCAACCUGUUUUGUCUCCGAUAUGGUCAUGUUAUCCUGUUGCCCGCUAGAAGGAGGUUUAUAAAUGCUAGCACAUGUUGACAUGUAUUUCUGUAGAGUCGGUUCCUCUUGCCAAUGGGAGUUGUUAAACACUGAUAUUCCUGUAAUCCUGCUAGUGGGGUUUUACACUAGUAAUUUCUGUAGCUUGCCAGUGGAAGAUUUAUAACACUAGCCUUGACCUAUAGGGGAGACGUCUAUUUCAUUCUCGUACUUGUAUCCGUUUUUUCUAAUUACACUUGUUGGCAUUGUCACGCCCCAAAACCCAAAUUCG